AUGGCAUCGAAGAAUAAUAUUGCUGACCUUAAUAAAGGUGAAAAACUAGAUAGCAAGAACUAUAAUAUCUGGCGGACUAAGCUCUACUAUGUUCUUGAGAAACAAGAUGUUUUGGAAGCCAUCAAUCAUGCCAUGACUGAUCCUGAUGAGAAAAAUAGUGCUCAGAACAGAAAAGAUCAAGAGGCUUAUUGUGCUUGGAAGGCAAAGGACACCACCGCAUGCGGUAUUUUGAUAAGCACAAUGGUGGAUGAUCUUGUAAAUGAGUGUAAACUAUUUUUCAAUACUCAUAAGAUGUGGGUGCAUCUAAAAGAAAAUUUUGGUGGGACAACAGUGACCAGACUGAGGCAGCUGACCAUUAAAUUUGACACAUACAAAAAGUGCCCUAAUCACACAAUCAAUGAGCAUCUGAAUAAAAUGUUUAAGAUGAUUAGGGAGUUGAAAGCAGCUGGUCAUAUCUUCACUGAUGAGCAACAAGUUCAGACAGUGAUACGUUCUCUUUCUAAUAGCUAG